CGCAACAAGUUUCUCCAUCAGGUGAGCCAACUAUUACCAUAAAAAGCGAAUGUCUUAUCGGUGCAGAUACCGAAUUUCGUCGCACAGGAUCGAUCAGCAACACCUGGCACUUUGAUUUUGAAGGAAAAGAUUAUCGAUGGAGACCGAGUGUUUUUGGUGCAAAGGAUUGCGAUCUUAUUUGUGAAUGGAUUGAAUAUGAAAUGCAACCAUCUUUGAUUGGAUCAGCAAAGAAAAAGAAUAAAGUGAUUAUAGCAUCCCUAAAGAGACCUGAACUAACUAAAGAUAAUUGGGACGUUAUUGGGGAUCUAACUAUCACAAAAACUGC